AUGAACGUGUCGCAGCAGCCGCCAAACGGCCCUCCUUCGCAGCAGCAGACGCCGACCCAGCCCGCCGCCCAGCCGCCCAGCGCCCGCUCACGGAAGCGCCCGGCCCAGAACGCGGCGCCUUCACCCGCCACGGCCGCCGCUCCACCUCCCGUGGCCCCGGCCCAGGGCCAACCUCCUGCGCCCACGCCGCCCGCUCCCCAGGCUGCUCCUGCUGCCCAAGCCCAGCCUGCCGCGACCGAAGACGGAACCUCCAACGCCGCCUCGUCGGGGCCUCCCACCAAGAAGAGCCGGACGAACACGCCAUGGACACCCCAGGAGGAACUUCGUCUCAAGCAGAUGCGAGACGCCGGAAACAGUUGGGCCGAGAUUGCCAAGACUUUCCCCACUAGAACGGAAGGUUCCGUCAAGAAGCAUUGGUACAAGGACAUGCACUAUGCUGAGUUCGCCGAAGAUGAAAGUCAGGCACUAUUGAAUGCGAUCAAAGAAUAUGAGAACAACAAGUGGAAGGUAAUCGGACAGAAGGUGGGAAAGCCAGCCAAGGCUUGUGAACAGUACGCAAAGGAGCAUUUUCCAGGUAUGCUUAGUACAGUCUUUGGCCGGUAG